GCUCUCUUCUUUUAUGAUAUCAUAAUAACCUUCGAUCAAGAGGUCCGUGUAGUAUGGACUCGCAAAAUCACCGCAGCCAGCGUCAUAUACAUUUUAUCUCGAUACCUGAUGUUUUUGUACCUCAUACUCACAUUGGUCGAGAGCGCUGUCGAUUGUGAGGUACCAUCUCCGUUGCGUAUUGCAUUUGAGGAUUCCCACUCACCAGUCUUAAUCUUAUCGUUCACGGCUCUUCGAACAUAUGCAAUCAGCCUUCACGCAUGGCAUGUAGCUGCGCUCGUUUUCCUCCUUGGGAUGGUCCCGGCAGGGGUGAACAGCGUGCGUCAGGCUUUAGAUUCGAUUGUGGUGAUUGGCACAAGAGUUUGCGUUGUCGCGGCCGAUGGCGUUCUGCUACUCGUGACAUGGUACAGGACCUAUGGGCUUCUCAAGGCUGCGAAUGAGGUCCAAGUGCGUGCAUCUCUGGCAUCCAUGUUGUUAAGAGAUGGUAUGUUAUAUUGA